UCUUAUUUUCUUUUUAUGGCUGGGCCACAGAUAUGCACAUAAAUACCUUAAAUACAACAAUAAUUUUUGAGAGCUGACGCUGAGGCAACGACCGCAUGGCGAAGCGCGAAUCUGGCUGCAGCAACAGACAAGACAAGCGAUCAAUGCACCUUUGUACAAAGGUGCAACGCCUUGUGAGACACGUGUGUGUUGGUGUUGGUGUGUGUGUGUGCAUGCAAUGACGCACGAAACGCGAUCAGAGCUGAAAGCCAGACUAACGUUACCAACGCGAAUGCCAGUCGAAGCAGCAAACUUGACCAACAUGACUCCAUGGCUAUUUUUAGCACAGCUGCCGCUGCUGCCGCUGCUGCUGUGGCUGUUGACUGCAAUUGGCCCAGACAAAAAUUGUUGUUGCCCAAAGCUGGCUGGCUGGCUGCAACGGCUGCGUCUUCGUCUUCAUCUUUGUCUUUUUUUUCGCUUUUGAUCAGAUUUAUGCGUGAAGCGACGUUUAACCCGAGGUCGUAACAAGAAAAGGGUGGCUCGCAUACUCUGCUGCAGGUGGCUUGCAUAGCCAUGUAACAUGCCACUUUAAUAGCACUUUUUUACACACACCCACUCACACACACACCACGCAGCCAGAUACACGCACAUCUGGCCUGUUGUCUCCAAGUCCAUUUGGGAACCAGUUCACGGCGUGCGGAAACGUCGCAUAUCAACCGCAUUGUGUCUUGCAUCUUUGCCUUUUGCCUUUGCCUUUGCCUCUCUUACCCACAUCUUGUUGUUAUUUUCGUCUCGCAGCAGCAGCCGCUUUCGCGGCAGACAAAUUUAUGAGCGUUAAGUGAAGGCCAAUAAAAUUCUUUUAGUCUGGACUCGUUUCGAGCUCUUGGCUGGCCAGCAUUUUACCUUUGUAUAUUUUCACAAUAUCUUCGACUUUGCCCUUCACUCUGCUAACAAAAAAACUCUGCGUAUAUUAAUUGCAUCCGCUUGAAUCAAUAAGGGCGUCAAACUCUUUGAGAGUAUUGAGUUUUUAUAUAUUAUAUAGAAUAAUCUCUUGAUUUUAGAUAAUUCUAUUAUAAUUGCGUUUAAUCACCGUGUAAACGCGAAUCGAACAAUGAAUUUCGUAUUAAUUGCACUGACUUUGAAUGGCCUAUGGAACGAUAACAUUUUGAAGCUUCGUUUCAUAUUCGAUUUCACAGCAUGUUGAGAUGGUUGCUCUUUUGCUCCUCCCUGAGUUGUUGCCUAAUGGUAAGCGAAAUCCAUGCAGUCCGACAGCAGCUGCGACUCUGAAACUCUUUCUCAAUUUGCAGUGCAUCAUGGCACACGUGACAUUUACGAAUCUGAAGUGCAACUUCACGAAUAACAAGAUUGGAGAGUUUCAGUAUUGCCAAAUUAAGGCGGUCAAUCGCACCCACAAGUACAUCAGCAUCUAUGCGAAAAUCUUUCCGAAAUCCAUAGACAAUGUAACGGUGAACUUGCAGUGCAUGCGCAAUAACAAUGGCUUUAAGCCCUUUAUAAUAAUCAAAUCGUUUGAUGCGUGCAAAUUUCUAAAGAAUCCGACAAAUCCAAUUUUGAUCUCGUAUUACAAUACCUUCAAAGAUCGCUCCAACAUCAAUCACACGUGUCCCUAUGAUCAUGACAUUAUCAUCGACAAGGUCUAUACGGGCAAUCAUGACUUGUUGUUCAGCCGAUUUCUGCCCAUACCGCAUGGCGACUAUGUCAUCGUAGUAACGUUCUUUGUCUACAAUGCUGAGGCGAGCAAGGUUCAUCUUUAUUUGAAAAUAUCUUAAGGCAAGAAUU